GAAAAGAUAAAGUAAAAAGUAGUUUAAGAUGCCUUUGGAAGCCUAAAAAUACAAACACAUUCGACCUUGUUUGUAGAAGAUAUCUCUAAUCUGAUUUUUCUUGUGAGAGAAACAAGAGAAGAAAGAUGGAAAUUGUUGCUGAGCCUGUUGUUUCAUUCAUUGUUGAGAAACUCGGAGAUAAACUCAUUCAAGAAACUAUUUCCUUGAUUGGAUUGCAUGAGCAAGUCGAAUGGAUCGAAACAGAACUGGAGUGGAUGCAGGCCUUCUUAAAAGAUGUGGAUGCCGAGCAACGAGGAGGUGAAAGAAUCAAGAACUGGGUGCGAGACGUGCGGGGCAUUGCAUAUGAUACAGAGGAUGCAAUCGACACCUUUCUCUUGAAGAUACAACCCUUGAGGCAGCGAGGAGGAUUCAUCGGCUCCAUCAAGAGGUGUGUUUUCAUCAUUGGUGAGUUGAUAGCUCGCCAUAAGAUUGCUUCAAAGAUCAAACAUAUAAAGCUUAAAAUCGAUGAAAUCCCCAGGAGAAGAGAAACUUAUGGUGUUGGAAACAUAGGCAGGGGGGAACAGAUGAGCUCUGCCAGUCGAAGCCUCCGUGAAGUGAGGCUCACUUCUCCUAAUGUUCAAGAACCAGAUUUUGUUGGUUUUGAGGAGGAUUUGGAAGCAUUGAUCGCGCGGUUGAUUGAGGGAGAUCAGCGGCGUUCUGUUGUUUCUGUAGUCGGAAUGGGCGGUCUUGGUAAGACCACUCUUACUAAGAAACUUUAUAACACUGAUGUUGUUAAUAAGCAUUUUGAGUCUCAUGCAUGGAUUUCUGUAUCGCAAGAGUACGCUGCAAGAGAUCUUUUGCAGACGGUCGCAAAACGAUGUAUGGUGAUGUCUAAAGAAGAGCUUGAGUUGGUGGAGAAAAUGGAUGUUGAUGAGCUGAGGAACAAGAUCUCUGAGUAUCUGAAACAGAAGAGAUACCUGAUAGUGCUAGAUGAUAUAUGGACAAAAGAAGCAUGGGAUGCUUUGAAGGAUGCAUUUCCGGAUAUGAACAAUGGCAGUAGGAUCAUGCUUACCACUCGAAAUAAAGACAUAGCUUUAUACUCAGAUGCACGAAGCCAGCCCUAUGAACUGCGAUUUCUAAACAAUCGAGAGAGCUGGGAAUUGUUUUGCAAGAAAACAUUCUCAGGACAAGAUGGUGUUUGCCCUCAGGAUUUGGAGGAGCUGGGAAGACGGAUUGUGGACAAAUGCCAUUGUCUACCUCUUGCUAUCGUAGUCGUCGGAGGGCUCUUAUCAAGAAAAGAAGCAAGAGAUUGGGAGAAAGUACGCAAGAGCAUCAGCUGGCAGUUUGUCGAGGGAGAAUACAAAAUCUCGGGUAUAUUAUCUUUGAGCUAUAAAGAUCUGCCCUAUUACUUGAAACCAUGUUUUCUCUAUCUAGGCAAUUUUCCAGAGGACUAUGAAUUCCACACCAAGGAAUUGAUUCGGAUGUGGGCUGCUGAAGGGUUCCUUCAACAGAGAGGGGAAGAAACACUGGAGGAGGUUGGAGAAGAUUGUUUAGAGGAGUUGAUUCAGAGAAGUAUGGUUCAAGUUGCAAGUAGUUCAAGCGGGGUAUUAAAAGUUGUCGCAUCCACGAUCUUUUGCGGGAUCUUUCCAUAUUGGAAGCUAAAGAAGGUAAAUUUCUCGAAGUUCAUGGAGGAAAUGCAAAUGCUCCUGCAUCCAGAGCCCGUCGACUUGCAAUUCACCAUAAUUCCACAAGUGAGCACAUUUACUUAAGCUUUUCCACUACAAACCUUCGUUCUAUGUUGAUCUACACCCAAAGCCAUGCGCAGCUUCAAAGCAAACAAGAGAAGUUUCUCUAUAAAGGCUUCAAGUUGCUUAGGGUGCUGCAUCUACAUUGUGUAAAAAUAAAGAAGUUACCAAGAGAAAUAGGUGAACUAAUCCAUUUGAGAUACCUCGGGUUCACCAACGCUCAUUUUAAAAGUCUCCCAUCGUCCAUAGGCAAUCUUCUCAAUCUGCAAACUCUAUUUGUACAAUCUUAUUAUCAUGACAUCAAAGUACCAAACACAAUCAGGAAGAUGCAGCAGUUAAGACAUCUUCAAGUGAAGGGCACAAAUGAGUUGAAUUAUACCGGAUUGAUCGCACGUUGGGAAGAGAUAGAAGGCAAUCCAUGGCUGGACAUGAUAAGUAACCUGCAGACUCUAUCACAUGUAGUGGCUGGUGAAUGGGUGAAGGCUUGCUUGGGAAACCUCACCAAUCUUGUAAAAUUAGGAAUUGGUUUAGUUACAAGAGAAGAUGCUGAGGUAUUAUAUAAAUCAAUUUCCAAUCUGGACUGCCUCCCGUCUCUACAGUCUCUGUCGGUAGCAGCACUAGGCAAUGAAUUCAUGACCCAAGGGUUGUUGGUACCUCCUCUUUCACAUCGUCUCAAGUUAAGUAAGAUGCGUUUGGAAGGAAAGUUAGAGAAGUUACCCGAGCCUAGUGAAUUCCCAAGAAACCUCACCAAGCUCACCUUGACGUUCUCCUAUCUAACGCAAGAUCCACUGGAGACAUUGGAGAAGCUGAAAAAUCUCCGCAUUCUCAGAUUUCUUUCAAGUUCAUAUUGGGGAAAGGAAAUGGCUUGCUCUGCACAAGGGUUUCCUCGACUUGAAUCCUUACAUCUUGAAGGGUUAGAGAAAUUAGAGGAGUGGAGAGUGGAGGAAGGAGCUAUGCCAAGGCUUUUACAUUUAGAGAUCAAGUCGUGCGAUUAUUUGAAGAGCCUUCCUGAAGGCCUGCAACAUGUGACCACCCUCAAGAAAUUGGAGCUAUGGAACAUGCCUGAUCAAUUCAUAGAAAGGCUUCGAAAAGACGAGGGAGAGGAUUGGCAUAAGAUUCAUCACAUACCCUCCAUUGACAUACACAAAUUGCAAUGGCAAUAAUCAUGAGCGGCUGGAAAAUGAUUGGAUAGUCAAGUUGAUCGUUUUAGUAACCAUCAUCGAAGACCUGCUUGGCGUGAUCUCAGCAAUGGAAGUGAAUCAUUUUCUCCAUUUUGUUUGCAUUCUCGAUCUAGUAAAUCUUCACCUAGCUGAUCAUCAGCUUCUCUGACAUGGACAAGGGCAUUGCUAACAUCAUGGCCACAGCCACUGCUAUGAUCACAACAAAGUGUAUGCUCCUUUUUCUACCUGUUCUCAAGCAAUUUCUUUCAGUGUGUAUGUACAACAAGCCUUACCUUCCUUGCAAUGGUCCCAUUUGGAACAUGGCCCAUCACUUUUAAGGUUGUAGACAACUUUUCAGUUUUCAAAAACAGAUUUCAUUUAUAGAUGAAGCUAUGUUGGCAUCUGUGAGGUGACUUGAUAUCUAUAAUAUUCCAUUUGUAUUAAUGUAACUAUGUUUGGAUGUAAUAUGCCUUUCAAAGUAGAAACAAUUUUCCCAAGUCCAGGCUCAGGGAUCCACCAAUGCCUGACCAGAGAGUUUCUAUACAUGUCAAUGAUAAAAGCUGCAUGCUCAUCAGGUACAGCCUGGCGUAUAACUACCCUGGCACAAAGAACAGGCUACUUUGAUAAUGUGAUGGACCAUCCAUGCACAUUCAAUGUGGACCAUCAUUUUCUACUGUCUACGUGUUGGCCACCUGAUUUGCAGUCGGCCUGAUUCGUGGACGAAGUUAUUAUAAGUUUUAGGUGAGCUUUACCACCUUCCCUGGACAAUUGAUGUAUAUUUUCCAACCCUGUCUUUGUAGGAUAUUGAUUGAGGGAUUAGGAGCUUCAAUUUGAAAGAAUUUUGGAGCAUAUUCCAAGGGAGGGCCUAUCAGACCAAUAGUUUGGAUCUUCCAACAGCAGCCCGAUUUGUACAGAUUGUGGCACGUGGACACUUACUCCUUCCUGUUUUAUUCUUAACAUAAGUAUAGGCUUCAAAUGAGUUUAGAGAUUUAAGCAAGCAAAUUCUAGCAUGUAAUUAUCAAGUUUUUAAUUGCGGAUUGAUUUCCAGGCUCUUUCUUUCACAUGAUAGACUAUGACUCUGCCCACAUGGAAGCGGGGCAGAGAUGGAAGAGAUCGAACACGGGAAUAAGAAGCAAGCUUGACAAACAGAUGUGAAGCAACUGGACCAAUAAGGAGAAUGGUGGCAUGGGAAUUUACCUUUCGAUGGUUUCUUUCCUUAUUUCCUUUUGUAAUGAAGGGUGGCUCGAGAUGUAGUCUGGUCUGGUGAUUGUGGAAAGAAUUAAGGAUGAUACAUAACCAUAAAGCUUUCAAAGGCCUUUCCCUAGCAUCUCUAUGUGCACAUGGAGUGAAAUUUUGUAGUCCAUUCCAAUGUCUCAUGGAGAUAAUCCUAGACGCCCGAUCAAGAGACUGGCAGGUGGGUCUUCAAAUUGACAGUGAUUGGUGCAUGAGGAUUUGGAUGUCACUGCAAAUUGUAGCAUGAGGAUGUAUGAAUGUAUGUUUUCCUAACAAUCUUUUGAUGUGUUACCCUGUGCCAUUUUGGGAGAUGAUACAUUCAAUAACUUUCACUAGGGUUGUGUAAUGUUUGAUUUGUAAUAUAGUAUGCAUAUUUUCCAUGUAAUACUCCUAUUGAGAGUUGAAAUGGAAGCAAUUU